CUUUACCUUUGCUGUCCUACAGUCGCUGGAUCCCUAAGGAGGCGGCAUUCUGGCAGAGGCCUCUGGCAGCAGACCCAGAGAUGGCAUCAGUAGAUUUCAAGACCUAUGUGGACCAGGCCUGCAGAGCUGCAGAGGAAUUUGUCAACGUCUACUACACUACUAUGGAUAAUCGGCGGCGGCUGCUGUCCCGCCUGUACAUGGGCACGGCCACUUUAGUAUGGAAUGGAAAUGCCGUUUCGGGACAAGAAUCCUUGAGUGAGUUUUUUGAGAUGUUGCCUUCCAGUGAGUUCCAAAUCAACGUGGUAGACUGCCAGCCUGUUCAUGAUGAAGCUACGCCAAGCCAGACCACGGUCCUUGUGGUCAUCUGUGGAACAGUGAAAUUUGAGGGCAACAAACAGCGGGACUUCAACCAGAACUUCAUCCUGACUGCUCAGGCGUCACCCAGUAACACAGUGUGGAAGAUAGCGAGUGACUGCUUCCGCUUCCAGGACUGGGCCAGCUAGUGGGGGUGACAAAGGAAGCUUGGCGUUAGCCAAGCUCUGCAGAGAAAUGCCAGUCUCAAAUCUCAGGACGUGGAGAACACUAGUUCAUUUUUGUUGUCACAGCAGCACUGCAAACUGGAUGUUUGACUCCUAGAAACCCCUUUCCUGGUUAUAUACUGGUUUGUCAUAGUUGCCUUUUAAAAGUAGUAAACUUUCUAUUUUUCUACUUAUUCAGUAGAGAACCUGUUUCUGGAAAUUGACAAAUAAAUAUGCUGCUUCUCUGCCUAA